CAAAACUGCAGUGAAGAAGGAAAACAACAAAGUGAUUCAGUGUUGGCUUUGUGAUAAUUUUUCUCAGUCUUAAAAGUUUUGAAUCUCAGAUAUGGCACAAGAAAAUCCACAGCCAGGCAAUAUAGGAGUCCCUGGAGGACAUCAGCAGUUUCAGCAUGAGUCCAAUUCUCAAUUCUUGGCCUUGAUUGAGGAAGAAAGAGAGAAUAUUAACAGUCUUGUUGGAGGGAAUUUGAAGCUCAAGAAAAUUGUUCAUUGCACAAAGCAAGUCGUUGCUGGUAUUCUUUACCACAUUACGGCGGAAUUUGAGGAUGACAGCAGCCAGAUUGCCAAGUAUUCCUUCAAAUUGAUCGACAGACCAUGGGAUAAGCCGGAAAAACGCGUCUUUGAUCAUAAGAAAGUCGAAUAAUUUGCAUUUUUGGACAAUUUUUUAUAUUUUUUGAUGACAAUACAAUAAAAACCUACCAACAGUU